GAGAGAGAGAGAGAAAAGAGAAAGAUAGAGCGCGUGUGCGUGUGAGAGAGUGUGUGCGCGUAAACGCGUUGUGUGCGCGUCGUGUGCGCGUCUGCCACCGUUGUCGCUGUUCUCCGAUCCGCUGUGUUUUGGCCUGUCGUCAAUCCAUGAACGCUUUUUUUUCUACAGUGCAAGGAUGAAUGAGACUUGAGCGGGAUGUCGGGCCUCUGCACGCGUCCCUCGCUCGGUCCGCGUUCGUUUUACGGCGCGAGCUCGUGCGGGACGUUCUGAGAGGGCCGUAUGAGCAACACGAAAUACAAGCGUGACCGCGAAGAUGCCGGCGUCGCGAUCAAGACACGGCGGUUCCACAUUUUACCUUAGAGAAUCUAAUUAUCUUCCGGAUAGUACGCGCGCGAGAGUUAUCAUACGCACGAGAACGCCGAUAGAACAGUGAUCUGUGUUGUGCGCGAAUUUCAAGGGAGCACUCGCACUUAGUUCCCAUUCGUUAAUCGGUCUCCUACGACAUAUUGGAGGUUAGGUUGCCGGUACAUAACCUAUAACCCUUUCACUUUUAUAUUUUAUUAAGCCUCUCACAAGGAAUAUUUUUAUCUUUUUACGAUAUAUUGUAAUUAAUUAUUCGAUUGCUCUUUAAUUAGAGCCUUUUUUUUUUCUCAUUUUUUUUUUCUUACCAACUGUUCUCAAUCUUGUGCUGAAUCUUACUAAAGUGUGUGAUUGGUGUUAUGGAAUGAAUCAGUGGAAUAGAAGACAAUGAAGGCCAAUGGGACGAAUAAUGGCUGCAGCCGCCUGAACACGCCAUUGGCACCCACCACCACGCUGGAGGAUCCAGGGACACCAGCCUCCUGGAAGGGCCCACCGCCCGGCUCGGAGGCAUCACCCUUUACGCCUAAUUCUGUUGGUCAAGGAGGAGGUCCUGGAUCGGGCCCUUAUAAUAAUUCGGGUGGGCCACCUAGUAAUGCCGGUUUUCAAGGACCAAGCCCAUUUCCUGGUGGAGCUGGAAGUCCAGCUGGUGCGCCACCUUAUCAAGGGCCACCACCAGGUUCAGCAACACCUCAGUACACUGCAUCUCCAGCACCUAGUGGUUCGUCGACUCCUGGUCCAGGACCACAGCCAAAUUCCUCCGGAUUUCCACCUCCACCUAAUAAUUCCGGGCCACCUUACAAUGGGCCCGGACCUAGUCCAUUUGGUUCACCCUCUGGAGGACCGCCUCAGUUUGUCGGUAGGCCCGGUUCCUCCGGUCCACCGUUCGUACCCCCAGGAGGUAGUAAUCCUCAUUUUUCUUCACCUGGUCAACCUUUUGGCGGGCCACAGUAUGGUAUGCCACCUGGAAGUCCCUUUGGACCCGGAGGACAUCCCAUGACGGGUCCGAUGGGGCCUGGACAUCCUGCCAUGAUGGGUCCCGGUGGUCCCGUCGAUAGAAUGGACCAAGGGAGAAUAAAAAUUCGGCCGGUUUCUCGAGAUGUAGAUGUGUUCUCAGAAGCGCGGGGUUGGGCCUUGUGCCCCGACAGUGCUCCGAUAGUUGGAAAAGGAGAGAAGAAGAAAGACAGAGAGAAUGCGACGAAAAAAUAGAGAACGAUGGAGCGGUGGUGGGGAUGAACGGAGGACGAACCGAUCCUGAUGUAAAACCGGACAAAGUUUUGUCGUAGCUGUGA